GUGACAUAUACAUGGCUGCGCCCAGUCGUUCAUAUUGUUAUGUUUUGUUAGUAUUAGUAAUGUAAAUAGUAUAAUUACAGAGAUCUAUUAUUAUAAUGGCUUCCUAUGACGUGCUUUACACAUUUGGAUAUAUUUUGGCUUCAAUGUGUAUAGUGUUUCCACCACGAGAGUUCAGAGAAGGUGGUCUCACGAUUGAAAAUAUAUUCUCGAGUCUGAUCGGAAGUGAAGACGUGCGAUUUAUCCACCAUCACAUUCGCAGGACGUCGUUAACAGUGUUGAUACACUCGCUUUUGCCACUAUGUUACUACAUUGGGCUUGGCUAUACAUCACCAGGAUUGCAGCUCUUUAACUUGGGCAAGACAUCCUACUUGUGGAUAGGAUUCCUAUGUUGCUCUCUGCUGAUCGUCCUUGUAGCAACUCUAACAGUUUUAUAUUGGUACAAAAACAAUUGGUCAAAACAUCCAAUAUCUAAAACGCUAGAACGUCAUGGAAACCGAUGGUAUGCAGUGGCAUCAGACAUUAACAUUGAGUAUCGCAGGAUCACCAAGUUUACUUCCAUCCUUGGGCAAACAAAAGUCUAUAUUACAGAUUCCUGGAUUGUGAAGGUGUCCACGUACAAUAUGGAUAUCGCAUAUCAGAGUGACGUUCAUCUGACAUUACAUGACACAGACAGUCAUGCUAUUUCCCACGAGAACAUGGGACCAGUGCAAUAUGUCAGCAUUACGGUGAGCAGCAUACGGGAUGGAGUUCACCCAUUCAGCAUCAGACUGAAUUCCAACGACUACAACGAUUUGCAAACCAAAAUUCAGGCUCCGAUCAGGAACGCUCGUAACAUUGUGAUUCACCAAAGCCUCAGCGAUAAAUUUCUUGACGCUUUUCAAAACCAGGUGGCGCUGAACGAAAAGUAUAGCGUUCCCGCUGAUAUGGAGCUGGAGCAGUGCAUCGGCUGCAUGCAGACGACGUCCGACGUGAAGCUGACGAAGCGUUGCGACGACGCGACGUCGGGUGAUUGCGUGCAGUGCUACUGCCGCCCGAUGUGGUGCCGCCAGUGCAUGGGCAAGUGGUUCGCGAGCCGGCAGGACCAGGAGCGGCCGGAGACGUGGCUGGCGAGCCGCUCGCCGUGUCCGACAUGCCGCUCGACGUUCUGCAUGCUCGACGUCUGCCGCAUCGUGGUCGCCGAGUGACCGCCGGGUGGCGCCAUCCGGUGACGGGCCUGGGAAGCUACGUCUUUUUCGCGCGUUGCUAGUAUUUAUGCCGUUUAGUUUCGAGAGACGUUUGGGUGUUUGUUGUUUGUUGGUUGUUUUUGUUUGUUGUGAAGAUAAGCACAAUCAUUAAUAAUAAAUAUAAUAAUGAUGAUGAUGAUGAUGAUGAUGAUGAUGAUGAUGAUGAUGAUGGCGGCGAUGAUAAUAGAAAAUAUAUAUUGUUCUGCAGUUAUCAUACAGUUUGUAUUUCUAAUUCAACUUUCUAGGCACAAUAAAACUUCAGGACUAGUUGAACAUGCAUGUAGAUGUGCAGCAACACAUGUGCUGCCUACAAUUGACCCGCGUCUUCCUUCUAUUAAUUCUUGACCAUGCUGCCUAAGAUACACCUGUGGGGGAAAAUAAAUGCUGUAAUUAAUAGUUAAACUGGCUCUACGGAUGUAUAAGUAUAAUAAAUACUUAAGUAUAAUAAAUCAUCUUAAUACAAUA